GGCUCAGAUAGGUAAAAACGGUCGCGAAGGCGUUUUUAUCUUCUGUUAUGUUGCGGAUGGGGCAAGGCUGUCCGGCGCUGCGAUGCCAGCGAUAUUCCUGGCCACGUUAUACGAGUAUUCCCCUCUCUUCUACAUUACUGUGGUGUCUAUCUGCUUUGUAGUCACUUGCGGGAUAGUGCUGGGAUGGCGCGGCCUGGACGUCCCUGUUAUACUGAGAAACUCAGCUGAGACCGCUUCCAAUGCCUUCAUUUGUAAGAAGCAGAUGCAAGAAGUGAAGAACCCCUUUGGCCUUGAAAUAGUUAAUCAAGAUACUGCCACAUUAGCCAAGGGGGUUACAUUGAGACCGCACUGUCUGGAGAAGUGUAUUCUGUCCUGUUACUGGGGGUGCAGUGUACAGAAAGUGCAAGAGGCUUUACAGAAACAUGUCUACUGCUUCCAGAUACAGACCCCUGGAGUGCUGGAGGACGCCCUGUAUAGUGAAUACCUUCACAAGGAGCAGCAUAUCGUGCCGAAACAAAGCAAGGAAGAAAUAUUAAUUCAGCUGCCAGAGGACAACAAGAUAGAAGAUUUUGGCCCGGUGCCCCGGACUCGUUAUCCUCUCGUAGCCCUGCUGACAAUGUCUGAUGUGGAUGACCGGGAGUUCAUAGUGUCCAUGCUGACUGUCAUUCACAUUCCAGACAGAAGUUACCGGCUGCCCUGUAGGAUAAUGUACCAGUAUCUGCUCACUGCACAAGGACAAUUCUAUGACCUUAAGCAACUUUACAUGUCUGUGAGCGAUAACCCAUCGGAGUCAGCGGAGGCCGUGGAGGACGAUGUCUCCAGGGAUAAAGAACUGCUGGAGAAGUUGGGAAUAUCAGAGGAAGAGAUAGAAGAGAGCAGCGUCAAAGACUGUGUGGUGUGUCAGAAUGACUCGGUGAAUUGGGUGCUGUUACCGUGUCGGCACGUGUGCCUGUGUGACGGCUGCCUGAUGCGCUUCCAGCAUUGCCCAAUAUGCCGCCAUUUUGUUCAGGAAACCUUCCCUUUACGUAGCAGGACACCACUGACGGAGUAAUGGACUGCAGCUAGAAUACUACUGCCACAAGCCGGCAUGCACUGCUUCCAUCAGCACGUAGGGGCCCCCGAUUGGUGAUUUAGAGGGUACCUUGAUAGAUAUCCUUAUGGAAAGGGGUUGUCCAGGCAUGCUCUCGCCACUGCAUCCUGGGCAAGACUGCUACCAAGGCAACCAUCCAGUGCCCGCGAGCAUCCUGCAAGGGUCUAAUUGUAAAUAAUUUAUGUUCAGUACUCGCUGGGUAUCUUUUUGUUUUUUAUUUUUUGUGUAUUUUCUUAUUUAAAUAGCGCCAAAGUUUCGUGGACAUAUCUGUUUAGUGGAUGAUGGUCCAUUUUAUUAGAUACAGAGCUCCAAAUCCUCUUUAUGGUCCUAUAGUUAAAUGCUAUGUGCAGCCACCACUAGGGGGAGCUCAGGCUCUUCCUGCAUACAGCUCAUACAUUGAACUCCAUAAUAAUGCAGUAAGCUCUUCAGCUCCUCCUAGGGGUGGCUGCAGAAAGCAAGAAUGUUAUCAUUGAAAGGGGCUGGCCCACAGACAACAUUUAUCACCUCUCCAUGUCUGAUCGCUGGCGGGUCUGACUAAUGAGAGCCUCACCGAACUUGAGAAUGGAGGAACCCCGAGUCCUCUGUGUGAAUGACCACCGCUCCCUUCACUGUCUAUGGGACUGCCUUGGCUAUCUCCGGUGGUCCCAAAGAAGUGAAUGGAGCGACGGUCACCCAUGUGCUUUACUGCUGCAUUCACACUGGGGACAUUUGGACUCUCGAGGGUCCCAGCAGUCAGACCCCCAGCGGUCAUACAUUUAUCACCUAUCCUGUGGAUAAGCGAUGUUCAUGGACCAACCCCUUUAAGUCUGUAUUUAUGCUGCUGGGGAUUUGGAGCUCUGUAUUAGAACAGUGGAGCUCCGACUCCUAUAAAGAUAUGACCGAAUGAAUUACUGGACGAGGACGACUCCAGGACUGGCGGGGACUUACAAGAUUAACCCUUAUAUGAGGGAUCUCCAAUUAGAAUGGACGAUGUAUGCAGUAGCCUCGGACGAGUCGCCCUUUUUUCGGCUUUUAUUCCAUAUUAUACUUACCAUGUUCUAGCCAAGUUUUUAUUGUCUCCUGAUUUACUGUAGCUUUCAUAGUUUUCUCUGCAGAGGUGGUCUCAGAACCACAGCUCACAGCAUGCUGGGGAUGCUGUGAGUUGUAGUACAACCGAUGAAAACCCACAGGUUGAAGAAAGCUGCUCUGCAGCGUACAUUAAGACGAUUCUGUAUGUUAGAUUGUAAACUCUUGUAUGUACGGACAGAUACAGUGAUACAUCCCCCAGGGCUUCAGACCAUGAUGCCAUAUUAUAGAUAAUAUUGAAGGCCGGCCAUACACUUAAAGGGAGUGUCACCAGGAAAUUCACUGCGCCUUCUAGGACUACCUCAGCUGAAUGUGAUGACAGCUUUCACUUAGCUUCAUUCUGGAGAAAAAAGUACUUUUAAUCCAUAUGCAAAUGAGCAGUUAAAGGGGUCGUCUCUCACUUCAGCAAAUAGC